GCAGCCGCCGCUCCCGGCUUCGCCGUUCGCCCACCACGCUCCUGGUAGAUCCUCUCUUCCAUCACGCUCCCCUCACCUCCGGGAUGGAUCUCUAACCUCUCUGUCCCCUGAUGUGCGCAGAUUGGCCGCUCCUCGACGUUAUCGUCUCCACGGACGGCGAUGGCGCCGGGCUCCAAGAAGAAGAAGAAGGGCGUGAAGGGGAGCCCAGUGGACAAGCUCACGGACGACAUCCUCGCCGACAUAAUCUCGCGCGUGCCCUACAAGUCCUCCCGCUGCUGCAAGUGCGUCUCCACGCGCUGGCGCGACCUCUUCUCCCACCCCGACCACCGCAAGAAGAUGCCCCAGUCCAUCGCCGGCUUCUUUUAUGAAGACUGCAACGAGGACCGCUUUCCAGAGAAGGCUCGCUAUUUCAUCAACGUCACAGGGAAAGGUUACCGUCUUAUUGAUCCCUCACUAUCAUUCCUGCCAAAAUGCGAGAGGCUUGACAUCAUGGACUGCUGCAACGGGCUCCUCCUCUGCCGCUGUUGGAAGGACACAGAUCCUGAGACAGUAGAUUAUGUGGUGUGCAAUCCGGCCACCAUGAAAUGGGUGGUUGUGCCUGCCACAGAAUGGUCCAGCAAGGUGAACGUCGCUCGCCUCGGGUUCGACUCUGCCGUCUCCGCACACUACCAUGUGUUUGAGUUCAUUAGUCAGGAGGUAUGGGGUUUAGAUGAGUCUGAGCUAAGCUAUUACGGUGGACGUAUUGAAGCGGUGGCGACCUACUCGUCCAAAGCUGGAGUUUGGACACAUAAAAUGGUUAAGUACAAUGACUUUGCGAUACCAGCUCAUUCAAAAGGUGUUUUCUUUAAUGGGGUCAUGCAUUUGGCUGCAUAUGAUGAUAUGGUAGUCACCUUUGAUGUCAAAGGAAAACUUUUGCGGAUCAUUAGGACUCCUUCGCCACCAUGCCGCUAUGACUUUCCUGUCAAUGAUGUCUUUCUAUCACAGGGACAACUACAUUUUACGUGUAGUACUAAUUCUGAAUCUGAUGAUAGCAUUUCCAAAAGAAGUGAUGAAUCUGAUAGUUCCAACUUAUUAGUUUGGGUUCUUGAGGAUUACAGUAGUGAGAAAUGGACCUUGAAGCACACUGUUAGCCACUUGCAACUGUUCGAAGACACUGAUUCAGAGUACCCUGAUUACAAUGUUAUCUCAUUCCACCCGGAGCGCAAUAUGAUUUUCAUAGUUUAUGGCCACAAUAACACACUUAUAUCAUAUGAGAUGGAUUGCAAGAAGCGAUGUUCUCUACGUCAACUUGGACAGGAUGGUCAUGAAUAUUUUGGCGAGAUAAAUAAGAAUCCCUUUAUUCCGUAUGUUCCCUUGUUCACGGAGUCAUUGGCAGAUGGUCCGAGGAAACCUAUAUGAACUUGUAACCGUUCCUCAUGGUGCGUGAGUGCGCUAAUGUACCUGACUCUAUGGAGCUAGCUAUUGACUAUUGCACUUUAUUUAGUAACGGGUCUUAUGUUUGUGUCCUUGUAUAUACAAGUAUGUCAUUCAGUUUCAUCGGCCUAAUG